AUGCCCAAAAAAAGUAAAAUUACUAUUGAAAAUCGAGUGAAAAUUGAACUUUUACACGAACAAGGGCGAUCCCAGAAAGAAAUCGCCAAGUUGGUGAAAUGUUCGCGUUGCGCUGUACAGUCGGCCAUCAAACGUUUUACUGAGACCGGUACCCACGACAACAAACCACGAGCAGGCCGAAAACGUGUGACUACGGAUCGCGAAGAUAGAAAAUUGGUUCGAGAGUCACUGAAAAAUAGGAAGAAAACUUCUUCCGCGCUUGCUGCUGCGUUGUCAGAUGAAGCUGGAAAGUCAAUAAGUUCGCGAACCGACACAAGAAGACUCGGGGAAGCAGGCCUAAAAGGGUGCAAAGCCAGGAAGAAGCCUAGGCUGUCAGAAACUAAUUAA